AUGGCGCCCUCCUCGCCUGCUCUAUCAGCGUCUGCGACCGAUCACGAGGACGAUGAUUUCCAGGACGCCGAGAGCGCCGCUGCAGAUUCGCCCGUGGUGUCGCCCACUAACCGACACUCGUCAUCAUCGACGACGUCGGCCUCGUCGUCUUCGCGCAACGAGGUCGCCCAACCGUCGCCGACUACAAGCCCCAACCAAGAACAAAAUCGAAAGGGAAAGGGGAAGGAGAAGAGUUCGACCCGGUUGGAGAGUGGUGUUUCAGAUAGUGUAGGUAAGAACGGGAACAACCAUGGCAAACGCGCGACGGCGGCCGCCGGUAAUAAGAAGAGCUCCCUCCAGACCGACACCGCGAAGGCGAACCGCACCGCCAAGGACAACGCUGCCACACUGGGUGAAGGCACAUCGAGUGGCCCUUCUUCACCUCUGACGCCGACGCAACAGACCGCCGCCGCCGCCGCAUCUGCUCCCCGUGCGAACGAUGACGAUGAGGGGAACAAAGGGAUGUCCGCCAAGGAAGGACUCGACUCGUGGCUCAACGACUCUUCCGGAUUGGUCGAAUCCAGUCCUGCACUUUCCCCCCGAUCCGGAACAGAGGACGAAUCCGAAGAAUCCGAGGAAGGAGGGGAAGAGUCCCAACGCGACAGAGAGGCCCCUUCUCCGCUCGCUGGUCACGCCGAGUCCAAGGCCUCCGAAUCGACCGCGACGAUCCAGCCUCAUCAACUGUCCAAGAGUAAAGACCGCCACUUUUCACUAUUCUCGGCACCGGAAACGCCCAACUCGUCCUCACCUCGAACGACGGCUUUCGAGACCGCCGGCGAGACGGAAAGCGACGGAGAGGAGGAAGAAGAAGGUGCACGAACAAAAAGAUCUUCGUUGGCUUGGAGGGCAUCCUUAACAGCGACGAAUGGUUCCACAACCCGAGGAGGCACGUUUGCCGAUGUCAGCUUGGCCGAUGAUCGAUCCGAGUACACCACCGAGUCCGAGAACGCCUUUGCUGGCUCCGAAGCCGACGAUGAUGAGGGCGAUCUGAUCAAGCUCGAUGCGAGUGCUCAUCGGAGAGCGAUUGCCGCCGCAGUAGGAGCGAGUUCAGGGGACGAAGCUGGUACAAGGAAUAUGCCAGUUCGGUCCGGCUCCGCGACGUCGAGCUCGACCAAAAAUGGAAGCCUCGACCCCAAUGCGCUGACUUUCCAGGAGGACUUUAAGCGGUUGCAGCAAGAGUCGAAUGAGGACGAGAACAUCGACUGGGGUAUGUCCUCUGAUGCUGCUCACGACCGUGUAUGUGCAGUGUGGCUGACCUUGGAUAUCGAUAUAGAUUUCUGGGGUCGAGUUAUGGCCGAUUACGAGGAAGUGGCAUCGACACAGCGUGAGUGUGUUUGCUGGCUUCGCGGGUGCAAAGUGCCGUGCGCUAAGUAUGUGAUCUGAGCUCUACAGCACGGGAACUAUCUCGAGCCAUCCAGCAAGGGAUACCGCCGGCUUUACGUGGUAUGACAUGGCAGCUUAUGGCGUAAGUGACGGCCAAAGGCUCCACCCAGUGCGCGGCACAAGGGGUUUGCUGACGUUGUCGUUCACUCGCAGUGCUUCGAAGGACGAACAGCUCUGCGAAAUUUACCAUGCGCUCCUCACACAAUCCUCACCUCACGAAAAAGCCAUCAUCCGCGAUUUGAACCGAACAUUUCCGAAGCACGAAUACUUUGCCGAAGCUACAGGUGCCGGCCAAGAGAACUUGUUCAAUGUCGUCAAGGCUUACUCGCUGUAUGACGAGGAGGUCGGCUACACCCAGGGAUUGCAGUUCAUUGUCGGGCCAUUGCUGCUGAAUGCGAGUCAUCUCGUGCACCCUUUACCUAGCUUCUGCGGUACUAAUGUACUCAUCGUAAAUGCAUCCCGUAUAGAUGCCCGACGAGGAGGCGUUCUGCGUGCUCGUGCGAUUGAUGAAGUCCUACGACCUGCGGUCCCACUACACCCCCAACAUGCCCGGUCUUCAACUGCGUCUCUUCCAAUUCGAUCGUUUGCUUGAGGAACUCGUCCCCGGGGUCUUCCUUCACCUCCUUCGACAAGGCGUCAAAAGCUCCAUGUACGCCAGUCAAUGGUUCCUCACCUUGUUCGGCUACCGAUUUCCCCUCGAACUCGUCUCGUCCGUCUUUGACCUCGUCUUUGCUGAGGGCGUCGAGGCCGUCUUCCGUUUCUCCAUCGCCAUUCUCAAACGGAACGAGACGGCGAUCCUCUCGCUCGAAUUCGAGGACUGCAUCGAAUUCCUCAAAAACAGUCUCUUCGAAGCAUACGCACCCAACCGAGAACGAGAUGGCCCUACGGCUCUUUACCGAGCUGCUGAUUUCGCGCGCGAGGCUUUGUCGGUGAAGAUCACACCCUUGAUGCUCGAUCAGUUCGGAGAAGAAUGGGAUACGUUGUUGAGGCAACAGACGGCACACGCGGCGGAAGUGGACGCGUUGAGGAAAGCGAAUCAUCAACUCUCGCAACAAGUCCGACAACUGGAAGCCAGUCUGAGUCAAAUCAAUACUGAGCAUUGUGACCUCGUCAAACAAGUCGUCAUGGCCAAACUCGAACGGGAGGAACUCGAGGACGAAUUGGUCAAGUACAAGAUCGCCUACGCCGAUUUGUCUCAUCAGACAGCAAGUGAUGGGGCGAGUUCGUCGGCCGUUUCGAGGGCUUCGAUCGCGCAGAAUCAGAGUCUUCCGAUCGCUACUUCGGCCGGUAUGACGGUUCCGAUUGGGUUGGAUUUACCGAGAUCGGCGAGGGCACAUUCUCCUCGAGUCGGGUAA